CAGCCAUGCAGUGUCUAACGUUCCUAACACUGCUAAACUUGCUCCACCUGAUCCACUGCGACUGUGUGAUCAACCACCAAACCCUACUCGGAACAUGGGAGAAGCAGCUUCACAAAGACCUGCGGAAAAACUUCAAAUGGUACGAAAACCCAAACGAGUGCAACGUCACAGUAGUGGACAUCUCGUUCAUGAUAAAAGCCUUCGAAAUGGACAGCUCAAACAAUAUCUUCAGCAUGUACAGCACCAUGAUGACCUCCUGGAUCGACAAACGACUCACAUGGAACCAGAAAGACUACGGCGGCAUUGAAAGGACCGUCUUCGAGGAUAUACUCUUCUGGAUCCCUAACAUUCAGCUAAAUAAUCGAAUAGAAGAAGACGGGUUUCCUGAUUUCUACGGUCAGGAGUGUUCAGUUAAAAAUAAUGGGCAGGUAUCCUGUAAUGGGAGGAUCCUAGAUACGGCCCAGUGCACAGCCAAAAUGAGCAGCUGGCCUUACGACACUCAGGAGUGUAAUCUUGAUUACAGAAUUGCGAAAGAACAGAAGGAUGUUCGCUUGAUAUCACAUAAAGCUGUGCACAUGGCUAGCACACAAUAUGGACCUGACUUUACUAUUGUUGAUUGCUAUCACGUUUCCAACGUUAGUGAUGAUGUGCAGCUGAGAAUUACAUUUGUACUGGACCGUAACGGUCAUUCCUUAGCAGCCAUUAUAAUAUUCCCUUCAAUUCUUCUCUCGAUUUUGACUGCAUCUUCGAUUGUUCUGGAUGUCAACGACAGGAAUCGUUUGCUAAUGAUAUCGUUCUCGAUUAUGUGCCAUUUCUUUUAUUUGAUAGAAAUAGGUUAUGAGAUUCCAAAGCACAGUGAAGAUGCCCCUACGAUUUUGUUGUUUUAUCGUUUAUCUUUGAUUUGGGCAAUGUUUCUAUUAGUUGCUACUGUGUUUUUGGAGAAAUUGAGGAACAAGGAGUCAGCUUCACCAAGAUGGGUCAGUUCUGUGUACAGCAUUGUUUUUAAUAGUUACGGAAAGUAUCUCAUUUGGCCCCGAUGGAAGACGCGGCUUGAUCUUUUGACUUCCCAAGAAGUGGAUAUAAAAUCUGUCGACGUAUGGAACGGUUUUGCAAACAUUGUGAAUAGUGUGUGUUUUUUUGUGACAGUAAUUGUGUAUUGUGUUAUGAUUCCUAUUUUAGUGCCUAGGAAACAGCCCAUUAUACAUGAUAACAAGUGGUGGUUUCUAUGGAGAGGAGGUUUGCCUUGAAAACAAUUUUAAAUUACACUAUUUCUGAUGGCAUCAUUCAUAUAAUACAGUUUCUUUUUUAUUAUAUUUUAUGUUGUGUUUUUCAAAAACCAUAUUUAUGAUUUUAAUAGCAACUAAUUCAAUCAAAACUA